UCGGAUCCUCAGCAGACGGUCGUACCUGAAAGGACGGAGACAUCGGGCGUGAGCGCGUCCACGUUACGGUGGCUCCGCUUAAAACGGCGGCCGACCGCCGGCUAGAGGAUGUACAGGUGUGAGGUGAUGCGAAAGCGGAAUAACUCUCUGACUGUGGAGCCUGACAGCGGGACCACCGGCAUUUUGCUGGACAGCGACCCGGACCUGAAGCAGCGUCCCGGCAGGGGAGCAGUGGGGCCCGCAGCCGGCGGUCCGCAGGGGCCGGCAGAGCAGCCCAGAAUGGGGAAACCGUUCAGGAGGUUGGGUCUGGUGGGGAAGCUGAAGAGGACCAUGAUGUGGCUGCUCGUCGUCUACGUCUCCGUUCCCUUCAUCAUCAAACUCUGUCCGUCCAUCCAGGCCAAGCUCGUCUUCCUCAACUUUGUGAGAAUGCCGUACUUCAUCGACCUGAAGCAACCCCUGGACCAGGGUUUGAACCACACACACAACUUCUACCUGGAGCCUGAAGCUGGACUCAAGAUCGGAGUCUGGCACACAGUUCCCGCUCAGAUGUGGAGAGAAGCUCAGGGGAAAGAGGGCGACUGGUACGUCUCCGCCUUUAGCUCCACCCACCCCGUCAUCCUCUAUCUCCAUGGAAACGCAGGGACCAGAGGAGGAGACCACCGAGUUCAGCUGUACAAGGUCCUCAGUUCUUUAGGCUACCAUGUAGUCACAUUUGAUUACAGAGGCUGGGGGGAUUCAGACGGGUCUCCAUCGGAGGGGGGGAUGACAUCAGAUGCUCUUUUCAUCUACAACUGGCUGAAACAGCGGCUGGAUAAAACGGCACUUUAUAUCUGGGGACACUCUCUGGGGACAGGAGUUGCCACCAACCUGGUCAGACAGCUGUGUGACAGAGGCAGUCCUCCCGACGCCCUGAUCUUAGAGUCUCCAUUCACCAACAUCAGAGAGGAGGCCAAGAGCCACCCCUUCUCCAUGGUGUACAGAUACCUGCCCGGCUUUGAUUGGUUCUUCCUGGACGCCAUCACAGCCAACAACAUCCGCUUCGCCAGCGACGAAAAUGUGAAUCACAUCUCCUGUCCGGUGUUGAUCCUCCACGCUGAGGACGACAGCGUGGUUCCUUUCCAUCUGGGCAAGAAGCUGUACAACAUGGCCUCCCAGUCAAAGAGCCUCAGCGGUCACAAAGUUCAGUUCGUUCCCUUUCCCUCCUCUCUGGCCUACAAGCACAAGUUCAUCUACAGGAGCCCGGAGCUGCCGAACAUCCUCAGCGAUUUCCUCGGCACAGCUCAUCCCAUCGCACAGUGAGGAGAAACAGACGGACAGUUCAGCCUGAACACACACACACACACACACACAGUUUGUUUUCGGUGCAUGAACUGAACACAUGCACGUCAUUCCUUUUCCGUUAGCAUUCCUCACACACCAACACAGCACACAGGGUUCCGGCGAUUGGGCCAGACCACGGCGGAGUGUUUUUACGUACUGCAGAGCGACGAUGACGAUCAACCCAAACUGGACGACGAACGGAGAGAUGUGAAGUGAAAAAUCUCGGUUUAUCUUUUUAAUAUUUUAAUCAUCGCAGCCCGACACACACGGAGCUUGAUUCUUUACGAUCUGCGUGAUUUCUUUUGUUUCUGUUGUCAGUCUUUAAUUUUUGGGUCCGUCUGAUCACGUUUGACUCUUCUGUCUGGAGGUUUCAGCGUCCAGUUUGUUUUUAAGAAACGUCUUCUCUGUUUGAAGGCCUGUUAUGACUUGAAUUGUGAAUUAAAUAUUUCUUGUUUUA